CACUGUCGGCGCCUCUAGCUCAGUCUCGCUAGCCACCCGCUGUUGUACGCCCGUCGACAACUCGCCGACAUCAACGACAACUCGCCGACAACAACAACUCAACAACAACGACAUGGCUCGCGCUGUUGUGUUCACUUUGACCGCCCUACUGGCCCUUUUUGAAUUUGGAUCCUGCCUGCAGUGCUACCAAUGCAACUCUCAAUCGGACCCCAACUGCAGAGACCCCUUCUCGUCCUCCAGAGCUUUAGUGGACUGCAACACCCAGGACACUAUCAACUACAACCGCCAGUACCUGAGUCAGAUCCUGCCCCGUGAGCUCCUGGAUUCCGUUGCUGGUGCCCCAAGAUACUGCACCAAGCUGGUCAUGAAAAAUGGCUCCACCGUCCGUACCUGCUUGGACGCUAACCCCACCGACCUCAGCCACACCUGCAAGAUGCUGACCAACAUCGCUCAGGUCACCGACCCCAGCAGGAUGAUCGAGCACUGCAGCGUGUGCGACAAGGACCGCUGCAACGGCGCUGCCUCUAUUGCUGCCUCGCUCCCUCUUCUCUUCGCAGCCAUCGCCGCUUACUUGUACAGCAAGCAAUAAUAUAAUUAUUAAAAUCGCUCAUAUAAUUAAAGUAUUUUAAUGAUUAGGACAACGACUCCUUGUCUAAGGUUUUGGAAUGUCAAGUAUCUGAGAAAAUCACUAAAAUACUGUUGUUAUAGGAGCUGCAGUAAACCUAAGAUGCUUUUGUAAAUUACCCAUUAGAAGUCAGUGUAACAAAUGCUGUUCAUAUUUUUAGUGCCAAAUCGGCUUCAUCAGGGUUCCGUAGUUUCGGAACCCUUAUUUUUUUCUAGGAUCAACUUCGCCUUUGAAACUGAAAACCGUCCAAAUACUGUUGAUUUGCUUGAAAAUAUAAAAAACAUAUUAUAUAAGUGUU